AUUUUAUCAUUUGAUUCCCCUUCAAAAUUUAAAUAAACUUAGCAAAAAAAAAGAAAUUCCAUGAUUUUGUCGAUUAGCAAGUUUUGCAAACAAUGGCCUCAAAUAAUGUCCAAAUAAACGAAAUUAGAAAUUAUAGGAAUCGCAGAAACGCCUUGGUAAAUACCAACUAAGAACCGUUCCACAUUGAAAAUCGGCUUAUGACUUUUGACUAUGACAAAUUAAUUAAAUAUGGGCGCUAUUGCCGUUCAGGUAAAUUAUAAACCCUCAAGAUGGAAAGCCUAAUAAAUCAAGCACUUAGUAAUGUUGUAACGGAUGACAAAUGCAGCCUUUGUGAUGUGAUGAUGUCAAAUGAAUCGGCUAAGUUCUCCCAUUGUACUUCACAAAGACAUUUGAAUAAGAUUAAUGAAUAUCGAUUAAAAGUAAAAAGGAACUUGGAGACUCUUCAGGCUGUGCAAGUACCCAAAGUCAUUGUUAGUCCAUUGAUGCCUUUUUUCAAAUGCAGUAUAUGCAAUAUAUCUCAUACAUCUGAGGAAAAGCUUGCAAGACAUUGGUCAGUUAAUCAUUGCAGAAUCUAUCCAUUCUAUUGUCCGACCUGUAAGAUACCAAAAGAUUCUCCUGAAUCUAUGUUUAACCAUUUUAAAACGCAAGAACAUCAAGCAAAGUCUGAAGGUCAAUGGGCUAUCCCAUUUGAUACAACUCUACCAAGGGAGCUAAAUAAUCUGAUGCUAAUUACUGGCUGUAAUGUUUGCAAUAAGAAAUUUACCGAACCUCUGCUAGAUAACGCCUUGCAGCACUAUAAGACUCAGGUUCAUCAAAGCGCUGUUUAUCGUUGGUCGGUUCGUUCUACAACUUCUUCGCUUCAGUCGUUGGAUGGCUCUGAUGACUUACAAACAUCAGUCUUUUGCUACAUCUGCGAAAAGAACUUUUUAAAGUCCGAAAGAAACAUUCAUGUUAAAAGUUUUCCACAUUUUGAGUUAGAGCUUAUCAAGCAAUCACUCGUUAAAAAAGGGAUUAUUUUAAAUUUUUGGAGCCACUAUGAAAACGGAUUCUUAUGUAAACUUUGCGAUGCUAAGAUUACAGGUUACAGUCAAUACGAAGGCCACUUUAAUAGUGUCUACCAUAAACACAGACUUGAAGAAUGGAUUGUGUCAAAUACAGUUACUUCAUUUAAAUUUCAGCCAUCCUUUAUAGAAAGAAGCAAGUGGUUUUACUGCCAUAUUUGUAAUAAAAGUUUGGAUGGAACUUUUAAUGCAUUGGGUCAUUAUACAGGGACUGUGCAUCUAGGCCUAGCCUCCAAGUAUUGCAAUAUUUGUGGAUUUAAUGCCAUUUCAGAGCUGAGCCUUGCAAGUCAUAAAAAAGAGAAGCAUUAUAAACAAUCUGCAGUUCUAAAGAGCACAACCUUCACAUCUCCUAGGCCCGCAAAUGGCAAUCAAACAUCAUCUUCCAAUUCUGUUACGUCGAAGCCUUCAGUAAUAUCUUCUUUAGCUAUCAAAAAUCUACCGCUUUUAAAUAAUCCAUCAUGUUCAAAAGACAAUGUUGAAACUCUAUCGGAACAAAGCAAUUUAGAAUCUGACAAUAAAAAUAAAAACCUAAAGGAGCAAGUGUUUAACCAGUUGCAAAAAUUGGUACAGAAGCUUUACUACUCUAAAACAGUACCUUACGAAUAUGGACUCGAAUAUCUAAAAAAGAUCAACAAAGAGGUAGAUCAGCUUAGCAAAAAAAUCGCAGCUACUACACAAUGUUCUGAGUCUGAAACAACUGCAAGCGAUGUUGCCUAUAAUAAAGAAGCAGAUAUUGCGAUACAUUCAGCAGAAUGUUCUCAGAAUGCUUUUACUCCAAUAGAAAAUGAUCGUACUGAAUUGACGAAUAAUUGUCCAAAAGAUGUUAAUGUGCCAACAGAGCAAAUCCUCGCAUUGCCUCUUGUGACAAAAGUUGAAAGUAAUUCUGAGUUUCCGACAGUCAUAAAUAAGCCAGCUCUAAAGGAGUCUAUUGAGCUGGAUUCUGACGAAAGUGAAACUCUGCUUGAAUAUACAAACUCUAAGAAAAAGACAAAAAAGGCCGAAACUAUAUCAGAUUUGUUGGAGGAUAUCCUAGAGCGAAAAUAUGAAGUACAAGCAGAAAACCACAACGUUGCAACUAUAGAGAACAAUGUUUUGAACGAAAUUGAAAUUUUAUUGCGCAAAAUUGAUCAUGAUGACGUUCCGUUGCAUGCAGCUUUGCAAUGCUUGGAAAAAUACAAUUUAGAGCUGGAAAAGAAGGAUUUUAUACAAAAUGACCAAAUAGUUCCUUUCGAAAAACAGAAUGAUGUAUCUUUAGACAUUGGUCUGGAACGCUCAAACGAAACUGGUAAAUCCGGUUUAGUUAAAUAUAUAAUCGUUGAACCUAAAUAUGCCAAAGAAAAUGAACAGAAUGAUAAAAAAGUUCUCCUAAAAAUCGAAGGUAAUAAACAAGAGGAAUCAUUAACUUGUCUUUUGGAGGAAGAGCAAAACAGCACAUUUCUGGGAACUGGCUUGAACGGCAGAAGUGAAGAUUUCACUUUAAUUAAGGAUGUCAACGAUGAACUUACAAACUUUCUAACAAAUGAAGACAGGAUUAAGGAAGCGUCCAUAGAAAUUAAGAGUAAUAACGAACAAGAAAUCCAAAUUUCUUCUUCAUCGGAUUGUUCUCUUGUUGUUCAACAACAAAAUGGCACUUCUAUAAUCACUGGUUUGGAAGGCACAAAUAAUGGUUCUAGUUUACUUGAGGAGAACGGCGAACUUAAAAAUGUUCUUAAACAUGAAGACAGGGUUGAGGAAGUGUCCCUAAUAAUUGAGAAUAAUAAUCAACAAGACCUCCAAACUAUUUCUCUCUUACAGGAAGAGAAAAAUGGCACAGCGGUAAGCACUAAUUUGGAAAUCACACAUGAUGAUUCUAUUUUAAUUAAGAAUAAGAACGAUGAACUUAAAAAUUUCCAGGAAUAUAAAGACAUUGUUGAGGAAGUUUCAAUAGAAAUUGAGAGUAAUAAUCAACAGGAAAACGAAACUACUUCAUUGGUAUAUUAUCUUUUAGAGCAAGAGCAAACCGGCACACCUAUAGCCACUCAUCUGAAAGGGACAAAUGACGAUUCUCAUUUGGUUAAGGACAACAACGAUGGACUUAAAAGUUUACUAAAAAAUGAAGACAUUAUUGAGGAAAGCUCUCUAAAAAUUGACAGUAAUAAUCAACUGGAAAUCCAAACCAUUUGUUUUGAUGGUACUGUUUUAAAGCAAGAACAAAGUAGCGCAUCUGUAGUGACAAAUGAAGAUUCUAGUUUAAAUAAAGACAGGAAUGAUGAACCUAAAAAUUUCACAAAAAAUGGACACAGUGUUGAGGAAGUGCCGUUAGAAAUUGAGACUAAUAAUCAACAAAAAAUCCAAAAUGCUUUAAUGGAUUGCUCUUUUUCACAACAGUUGCCAAAUGGCACAUCUACAGUCACUGAUUUGAAUGGCAGAAUCAACGAUUCUAAUUUAUUUGAGACCCACAAUGAUAAACUUAAAAAUUUUACAGAGACUGCAGACAGUGUUGAGGAGGUGCCCGUAGUAAUUGAAAGUAAGAAUCAACAAGAAACCCAAACUACUUCAUCGGAUUGUUCUCUUUUAGAGGAAGAGCAAAGCGGCGUAUCUAUAGCCUUUGGUUUGGAAAGAACAAGUGGCGUUUCUAGUGUACCUGGGAAAAACAAUGAUGAACACUCGAAAAAUAAAGUACUCCUACAAGAAGUCACUUCACUAGAUUGUUCCCUUUUAGAGCAAGAGAAAACCGACACAUCUAUUGCCAUUGGCUUGGAAGGCACGGACGACGAAUCUAAUUUACUUGAGGACAAAGAUGAACUUAAAAUGGUCUCAAAAACUAAAGACAAUGUUGAGGAAGUGCCCACAGAAAUUGAGAGUAAUAACCAACAAGAAAUCCAAAUUGCUUCACUGGAUUGUUUUCUUGUUCAAGAAGAAAAUGGCACUUCUAUAAUGCCUAGUUUGGAAGGCAUAAAUAACGAUUCUAGUUUACUUGAGGAGAACAGUGACCAACUUAAAAAUGAAGACAAGGUUGAGAAAGAGCCCCUAGUAAUUGGGACUAAUAAUCAACAAGAAAUCCACACUGUUUCUGUUGUACAGCAAAAGCAAAAUGGCACAUCGGUCGGCACUAGCUUGGAAGUCACAAAUGAGGGUUCUACUUUAAUUAGGAACAAGAACGAUGAACUUAUAAAUUUCCCGACAUAUGAGGACAGUAUUGAGGAAGUGUCAUUAAAAAUUGAGAGUAAUAAUCAACAGGCAAGCCAAACUGCUUUGUUGGAUUGUUCUCAUUUAGAGCAAGAGCAAAGCGGCUCAUCUAUAGCCACUGAUUUGAAAGGCACAAAUGAUGACUCUAGUGUAGUUAAGGACAACGAUGAUGGACUUAAAAAUUUACUAAAAAAUAAAGACAUUAUUGAGGAAACCUCCUUAAAAAUGUACAGUAAUGAUCUACAGGAAACCAGAACAAUUUCAUUCGAUAGUACUCUUUUAGAGCAAGAGCAAAGCGGCACAUCUAUAGCCAUUGGCUUGGAACGCACGAAUGUCGAAUCUAAUUUACUUAAGGACAAAAACGAUGAAAUGGUCUCAACAACUAAAGGCAAUGUUAAGGAAGUGCCCCUAGAAAUCGAGGGUACUAAUCAACAGGAAAUCCAAAGUACUUCUCUGGAUCAUUCUCUUUUAGGCAGGCUAAAACGAAACUUGCGGUUUUAGUUUGGUGGAGGGCAGAUCCAAUUCACUGGAAAGUAUCGUAAAAAUUAAGGCAAAGCAUAGAAGUCACUAAGAGUUGUUACAAGAGGAAAAUAAUUGAGUUAUCAUUUUGAUAGUAUCUUAGUUAUAAUUCAAUUUUCCUGAAAUAACCCUCUGGAAAAACUACUUAAUAAUUAUAGUAAAUAUUGUCAGAACAUGAACCAAAUAGUUCAAUUUCUUCAGUCUUGGUGGCUUAUAAAAUCCAGACAACGCCCUGAGUUCAUUGAUUGGCAAGAGGCCAAACAUUGAAUUGUAUUGAUUUGUGCCUUUACAUUUAAAGGAUGCUUCUUUGGAUUAUAUUUCUAGCUAGGAAGAAAGGAAUCUAAAAAUGAUAUGAAAUUUGCAGAUAAAGUUGUUAUUAAUAAUAUCUAAUAUAUCUACGAUGUUGCAGAGUUGGCUUAUUAAAAAUAUAUCGAUAAAAAUCCGAAACUUCAGUAGAUUUUGACAAAAAAAACAUUUAUAAUUAAGAAAAUAAUUUUAAUUUGUUUAUGAACAUUUUAGUCGUUUACUUGCUAGGUCGAGAAUUUAGUUUUGUGUUCUGUGUUUAGUUAUAUUUUUAUUUAGGAUGGUUUUAGUUCGUUUUGUUUUUUAGUCUAUUAAGUACAAGGUUAAUUUUAAGGUCUCUCAAAAUCUAAUUUUUUACAUUAAAGCCGGAACCGUAAAGGGGGUAAAUCUGCAAUGGUUUAUGACAAUUUUGAGGUAGCCGAUGCUUACAGUUAAUAAUUCAAUCUGUACCAAAUAUCGUUUUUUCUCACGUUUAAUUUUAACGUAUAAUUGUCAUAAUUAAAAUUAAAUGGACGACCAAAAAUGCAGCGGCAUGAACUUUUUGAAUAAACCAUUUUUCUAAUCUUGAUUAUUUUAUAAGUUAUAUUUUAUUUUAUGUUUUCUAUUUUUGUUUUUAAAUGUAUCUUUUUAUAUUUUGUUAGGGUUUGAGAUACAAAGAUACAACAUACAUAUUAAAAGAAUCUCAAAUUUUAGAGGAAUUAUUUUAUUAUUCGAAUCUCUCUAACCUUAGUAUAUUUUUUUAUUUCACCUACCUAUUUUAAAAAACUAUCAAUAUAUUAAUGCCUAAGUGUUUACCUAUUUUUGUUUACCUCUAUUAAUAUAAGUU